UGUGUACUUGACCUCUCUAAGUGUCCUUUCAUUCAGGGAAAAAUGUGGUUUGCUCAGCCCAAGGAUGCUGAUUUUUCAUUUAGCCACGAUAUCAAUAGUCAUUUGGCCAGCCUCUCCAUUGUUGGAAACACGAUCCCCACUCCCGACCCUAUUAAGGAGAAGGCUUUCUGUACUCUGGAUAACUUGAAUGCAGGAGUUGAAAACCAGGGCCAGAUUAAGAUGUCCAUCAGUGAAGUGUGUCGGGAGACUGUGUCAUGUUGCUGCAACUCAUUUCUGCAGCAGGCCGGAUUAGAUUUGUUAAUAAGCAUGACAGUUAUUAAUAACAUGCUUGCCAAGUCCGAUUCAGACUUGAAGUUCCCUUUGCUAUCGGAGGGGAGGGGAUGUGCUGAGGUUCAGGCUUUGAAACUGUCGAUGGGUUUGUCUGGAAAGCCGGUCUUGGCAGGGGAAUCGCUGGGUGCCCAAACGCCGCUCUCAUUCAUGUCCCUCUUGAUCAGGAACGGAAACACACAGGUGCUCCCUGACACCCUGGCCUCGUAGAGGGCCAUCUGGAGCAGAACGGAACCGAAUCCACCCAAAACCCUGCUGGAGAACACCCACCUGUGUUCUCAUUCAAAGAAUCUGCAGUGGGUGCUGUUGAAGACCCGGCCUUAGCCACCACAUCACGGGGUGAAAGUUACACUUGCUCCACCGAGGACCACGCUCUUCUGGGCCAGGCAGGGGUCCCCCCGGGAGCUCUGAGUAACUUCUUGGUUUUGCAGUCUGCAGGCAAAGUGCAUUGUCAGUUACUCCCUUGCGGCCUUCCUCCUGCGGUAAAGGGAUCUUUUCAGCAGCCAGCUGUGCCUACAGAACAUCCUGUGAGAGCAUGGCCGGGGAGGUCUUGCCUCUGGUGGUCUCCCUGUGUCAGCUGGACUGUUUUUGAGGAGACCAGGCGCGUGACGGGGCUCAAGCUGCAAACGCAUCUGUUGCCUCUUAGGUUGAAUUCCUCCCACUGACUCCUUCUUCGCUGCGAGCUGAUGGAUGGUGAACCUAGUCAUCCACAAAGGACACUCCCCUCCUCUGUGCUCUACUGACUUGACCUCCUCCACCCAAGCCUACAUUUGUACGCAUCAUCAAUAAAGUCGUGUGCUUUGAUUGG